AUGCACGUUGGGCCGUCCAUCCACGCGUUCUCCUGGAAGAGCACGUCCACGCCGGGGUCGUACGCCGCCUUCUCCACCGCCGAGACUUUGCCUUUGCCCCGGAAAAUGACCGCGGUCCGCAUCAACCUGACGCCAGCUCCGAUGCAACAGUUGACGGUGCACUGUCGCUUCUCAAGAAUAGGGAACGGCUGCCCAAUCUGCACUCGCAAAGCUCCCGUCUGGUCCCAUGUCGAGUCGAGGCCGUUGACGAAUGCGAGCCCAACCUGGUCGACGUUGAAACGCGUAUUCAGGCUGAGGCGCCCGUAGAGGGGCGAUUCCACAGGAACGAUCGGUGGCGCCGUUGUUCUCGGUGGCGCCCUCACCAGCGGCCCGGCGAACGGGUGGUUCCUGCAGCAGCUGGCGCAGCCUCCUGUGGAAGCUCUUCAUCUGCGGAAGACGGUCCUCCACCGACUUUUUCGUCAUGUUUGUGCGCCUUCGUUUCGAGAGAUGGUGGCGUUUCGCGAACUUCCUGCACCACCGGUCCGACGCUGAAAAGUUAUUUGCACGCGGGUCGUCCGGAUACAUUUCCACCACGAGCUUUCUCGCGUUGACUCGAAUCCAGGCUGUCGACACCUGAGCUUCCUCUUGCGCCGUUGCAGCAGCAGCGAGUGCAGCUUCUUCUCUGCGUCUCCGAACCACCUCGUCUCCCUGCCAGUCUUGAAAAGGUCUUUCUUCAAGUCAUUGGCCGCGGCCUGCGAUCAGCUUCUCUGCGUCACCGUUUCACUUGCAGAUGUUGGGUUGGGGAAUGCCGGUCUUCCUUGCCGGGAACUGGCACGACAUUCCGUGAACAUGCCAGAUCUUCCCGGCGUGAUUGGCCUCCAGCUCUCGCAGCUCCGCGACCACCGCAGCCUUCUUCCUGUUGCUGUACUGCGCUCUCUUCUCAGCCCCUCAUGUCUUCUUCCGCUUGGUGCGUUCUUCGUCCGACAAAGGGCCGUCAUCUGGCAAGUCUGAUGUACCAUCGCCUUGGGUCCUUGGCUGAAGCUCAAACGAACAGCUCCCUCGCACGUGGUACAUUUUCUGGCCCGCCGCAGUGGUGUGCCCGCCUCUCUCUGAGUGGUGAAAGACGACAUUAAAACACCUGCCCGAAUACCCGUGCCAAGGUGGAGUCGUCAUGGUCCCACCCGCCGCGAGGGCGCGCCUGAGCCCUCGUCCAAGAUGCCGAAGAGGAGCUGGGUGCACGGCACGACAGUGUAGCGAUCGACCUUGUUCGGAGGC